AUGACCGGUGAUUACAUCUGGAUCGAGCCGGUGAGCAAAAGGCAGUUCGAUGUGGCCAUCGGAGCGCGGGUCCUUGCCGCCGACGGAGUGAAGAUCCUCGUCGUCGACGACGACAAUAAGGAGCAAUGGUUGACCCCGCAGAGGAGGAUCAAGGCGAUGCACCCCACCUCGGUGCAGGGGGUAGAGGACAUGAUCUCUCUGGGGGAUCUCCACGAGGCCGGCAUCCUUCGCAACCUCCUCAUACGAUACAACGAGAACCUCAUUUACACGUACACGGGGAGCAUCCUGGUGGCAGUGAACCCGUACCAGAUCCUGCCUAUCUAUACGGCAGAACAGAUCAAGCUGUAUCGGGACCGGAAGAUCGGGGAACUCCCUCCGCACAUCUUUGCCAUCGGUGACAACUCCUACUCCCACAUGAGACGCUACGGACAAGACCAGUGCAUCGUCAUCAGUGGCGAGUCGGGAGCGGGUAAAACGGAGAGUACGAAGCUGAUCCUCCAAUACCUAGCCGCCAUCUCUGGGAAGCAUUCAUGGAUCGAGCAACAGAUCCUGGAGGCAAAUCCCAUCCUCGAAGCAUUUGGGAAUGCCAAGACGAUCCGCAACGACAACUCGUCUCGCUUUGGCAAAUACAUCGACAUCCACUUCAACUCGGCCGGGGUGAUCGAGGGUGCCCGGAUCGAGCAGUACCUCCUGGAGAAGAGCCGCAUCGUGUCCCAGGCGCACGACGAGAGAAACUAUCACAUCUUUUACUGCAUGCUGGCCGGAUUGACUCGGGAAGAGAAGCGACGCCUGGACCUAGUCGAUGCCUCUCAGUACUCCUAUCUGACUAAAGGAGGGAGUACGACGUGCGAAGGGCGAGACGACGCAACUGAGUUUGCCGACAUCCGUUCAGCCAUGAAGGUUCUCAUGUUCUCCGAUGGCGAGAUUUGGGAAACGCUGCAGCUCCUCGCAGCCAUCCUCCACAUGGGUAACAUCAAGUACAAGGCACACGUUAUCGAUAACCUGGAUGCAACUCAGAUCCCCGACAUGACCAACGUGGGACGCUUUGGAAAACUCCUCGGUCUGGAGCCCAAGGCCAUCGUGGAUGCUCUCACCACCAAGACCAUCUUCACUCAAGGCGAGACCGUCGUGUCCAAUCUAGCACUGGCCAACGCGAUGGACGUUCGAGAUGCUCUCGUCAAGGGAAUCUACGCUCGCCUGUUCGUCUGGAUCGUGAAUAAGAUCAAUUCAGCCAUCUUCCGAAGCAAGGCCGGGUCACGAUCUUGCAUAGGAGUCUUGGAUAUCUUCGGUUUUGAGAACUUCGAUCACAACAGCUUUGAACAGUUUUGCAUCAACUUUGCGAACGAGAACCUGCAACAGUUUUUCGUUCGGCACAUCUUCAAGCUGGAACAGGAAGAAUACAAUUUAGAGGCCAUCAACUGGCAUCACAUUGAGUUUGUGGACAACCAGGACUGCUUGGACCUGAUCGGGAUUAAGUCUCUGAAUAUCAUGGCCUUGGUGGAUGAGGAAUCCAAGUUCCCGAAGGGCACAGACCAGACCCUUCUGGCUAAGCUCCAUAAGACCCAUGGGGGGAAUAAGAACUACCUAAAGCCGAAAUCGGACAUCAACACGUCCUUCGGGUUGAACCACUUUGCAGGAGUUGUUUUCUACGACACACGGGGAUUCCUCGAGAAGAAUCGUGACACCUUCUCUGCUGAUCUCCUCCAGCUCAUCCACAUGAGCAAAAACAAGUUUCUCCAAAGUCUUUUUGGAGAAGAAAUUCGCAUGGGUUCGGAGACACGCAAGCGAGCUCCCACGCUUUCCACUCAGUUCAAGAAGAGCUUGGAUUCCCUAAUGAAAACUCUCUCCCAGUGCCAGCCCUUCUUCAUCCGAUGCAUCAAACCUAACGAAUUCAAGAAACCCAUGCUGUUUGAUCGGGAGCUUUCUUGCCGCCAACUACGCUACUCGGGUAUGAUGGAAACGAUCCGCAUCCGCCGAGCAGGAUACCCAAUUAGACACACCUAUAAGGAAUUUGUGGACCGAUAUCGCUUCCUUAUCUCCCGUAUUCCCCCAUCUCACAAGGUUGAUUGCCGGGAUGCGACAAGUCGCAUCUGUCAGGCCGUUUUGGGUCAGAGAGCUGACUAUCAGUUGGGGAAGAGCAAGGUGUUUCUCAAAGAUGCUCACGACCUGUACUUGGAACAAGAACGGGAUCGAGUCCUCACUCGCAAGAUCCUCAUCAUCCAGAAGAAUAUUCGAGGAUGGUAUCAGCGACGACGAUAUCGCCGUAUGCGAGCUGCUGCCGUCGUCAUCCAGCGAUACUGGCGCAAGAUGGCCGCUCGUCGCCGCUUCCUUGCCGUUCGUGUCGGGUUCUCCCGAAUGCAGGCCCUCAUCCGUUCCCGGGUCCUGUCACAUCGCUUCCGUCAUCUCCGAGGGCACGUGGUCUCCCUUCAAGCACGUUGUCGAGGAUACUUGGCACGGCGACACGCCAACAGGAAGCUCUGGGCCGUCAUCAAGAUCCAGUCUCAUGUGCGGCGCAUGAACGCGCAACGCCGUUACCGCAAGCUUCGCUUUGACCUCAGGCACCGUCUGGAAGCCCUGCGUCUGCGAGAGCAGGAAGAGAAGGAACUUCGCAAGCACCAUGGUGCCAAGAAAGCCCGAGAGAUUGCCGAACAGAAGUACCGGGCUCGCCUGCAAGAGUUGGAGAGGAAGGAGGAAGAAAUGGAGAUGGAAGAGAGACGUGCUAUGGAGAAGAAGAAGGCUGCGUUGAGGGCAGCGGAACAGAGGCGAAGUGAACCACUCAACGAUGCCCAGUUGGUUGAUGACAUCUUUGGAUUCCUACCAACUGACACACCUUCUGAGAAUCAACAGGCCCCUUCAGCUUUCAAGGACCUAGAGAGGGGCCGAGGAAUGGGAGGAGAGCUGAUCAAUGCCGUCCCAACUUCACCCGAAGACCGAGAGGAUCUAUCGGAGUACAAGUUCCAGAAGUUUGCUGCAACAUACUUUCAAGGGAAUGUGAAUCACAUGUACAGUCGGAAGGCCCUCAAGCAACCUCUUCUUUCUCUUCACACUCAAGCAGAUCAACUUGCUGCACAGGCACUUUGGAUCACAAUCCUUCGUUUCAUGGGGGAUCUCCCAGAGCCAAAGUAUCACACAAUGGACCGUGACAACAUGUCUGUCAUGAGCAAGGUCACAGCCACUCUUGGACGUAGUUUUAGCAAGACCAGGGAGUUCCAGGAAGCCCAGCAGAUGAUUGGAGAGGGUGGAGGUGGAGACCGUGGCACAGGUGGGGCCCAGCGCUCCAUCCGUCACAAGCUUGUUUCAUUGACAUUGAAACGGAAGAACAAACUCGGCGAGGACGUGCGACGCCGGCUUGCCGAUCCUGAGGAAUAUGCAGCUGAGAGUUAUUCUUCGUGGUUGGAAUCCCGACCCACAUCCAAUCUAGAGAAGCUUCAUUUCAUCAUAGGGCAUGGCAUCCUUCGUUCUGAACUCCGGGAUGAGAUCUACUGCCAGAUAUGCAAGCAGCUGACGAAUAACCCUUCUAAAAGCAGUCAUGCUCGGGGCUGGAUCCUCCUGAGUCUUUGUGUCGGCUGCUUUGCACCCUCGAAUGAAUUUGUCAAGUACCUUCGAUGCUUCAUCCGCGAAGGACCCCCUGGGUAUGCUCCGUACUGUGAGGAACGUCUCAAGCGUACCUUCAAUAAUGGUACCCGCAAUCAACCUCCCUCGUGGCUGGAACUUCAGGCCACAAAGAGCAAGAAGCCACUCAUGCUUCCAAUCACAUUCAUGGAUGGGAACACCAAGACCCUCCUGGCUGACUCUGCGACAACAGCUCGGGAGCUUUGCAACCAGCUUGCAGACAAGAUUGGGCUCAAGGAUCAGUUUGGAUUCUCUCUCUAUAUUGCCCUGUUUGACAAGGUAUCAUCACUGGGAAGUGGAGGUGAUCAUGUCAUGGAUGCCAUUUCACAGUGUGAGCAAUAUGCCAAGGAGCAGGGAGCCCAGGAGCGGAACGCUCCAUGGAGGCUCUUCUUCCGCAAGGAGAUCUUUGCUCCUUGGCAUGAUGCCACUGUUGAUUCCAUUGCCACAAACCUCAUAUAUCAGCAGGUGGUGCGAGGCAUCAAGUUUGGAGAGUAUCGCUGUGAUAAAGAGGAAGACCUGGCCAUGAUCAGUGCUCAGCAGUAUUACAUAGAGAAUGGGCUGGACACAAAUCCUGAACGACUGCGUGCGGCCCUCCUUUCUUACAUCCCCGAUUAUUGUCUUCCAUCUGGGGAAGAGAGUCUCGAUCGAUGGCUCAAGCUCACACUUCAAUCGUUCAAAAAGGCUUACUUUGUGAAGGAGAAAAGCCCUGGAGUUCGUGUGAAGGAAGACAUUGUCAGCUAUGCCAAGAUCAAAUGGCCACUGCUUUUCUCCCGGUUCUAUGAGGCGUUCCGGUCUUCUGGUCCCAAUCUGCCGAAGAACGAUGUGAUCAUGGCCGUGAACUGGACGGGGGUCUAUGUGGUAGAUGAUCAGGAGCAGGUCCUCCUUGAGCUCAGUUUCCCUGAGAUCACCAAUGUGGCUUCCUCAGAGAAAGGGCCUAAGACUGGGGGUGCGUCACAUGCGUUCUCCAUCACAACGGUCCGGAAUGAAGAAUUUACCUUCCAGAGCCCCAAUAGUGAGGACAUUCGGGACCUGGUUGUCUACUUCCUUGAAGGUCUCAAGAAACGCUCCCAGUAUCUCAUUGCACUUCAGGACUAUAAACCAUCAGGUGAAGGCAGUCAGAUCCUAUUGCUGGAGAAGGGAGAUAUGAUUGUGUUGGAUGAGGACAGUACUGGAGAGACCCUACAGAGCAAUGGCUGGGCCAUGGGCUUGAAUGAGCGCACCAAAGAUGUUGGGGAUGUAUCCAUGGAGAAUGUCUACAUUCUUCCAACGCUCACUCGUCCUUCCCCAGAGAUCCUUGGCUUGUUCACUGGUGAGGGAGGUGAGACAUCAAGACACCUCUUGACACCUCAUGUCAAUGGAGUUGAACCAGAGGAGAAACCUCAUACCCUUGAGCAAUAUGCCAUUGAUCACUUCAGGCCACCAAUGAAGCGGACAAUGCCUCGAACAUUGGCUCUGACAACUGCACGAAAGACAGGUGGAAAGGAUGAAUUAUGGCGCCAUACACGAGAGCCCAUGAAGCAACCACUGCUCAAGAAACUCUUGUCUAAGGAAGACUUAGCUCAAGAGGCCAUUGUUGCAUUCUCAGCCAUCCUCAAAUACAUGGGAGACCUGCCAUCACGACGCUCCCGAACAGGGAAUGAGCUCACUGACCAGAUCUUUGAGGGACCUCUCCAACAUGAGUUGAACCAAUUUCUUCGCAGUCGACAUCAUCCAAUUGCACUUGAUGCCCUCCAGCGCCUCCAGAAGACCAUGCGCAAUGGUCAACGCAAAUACCCUCCACACCAGGUUGAGGUUGAGGCCAUCCAGCACAAGACAACUCAGAUCUUCCAUAAAGUCUACUUCCCUGAUGAUACGGAUGAAGCAUUUGAGGUCGAUUCAUCCACGCGAGCGAAGGACUUCUGCCAGAGCAUUGCUCAGCGCCUGAACCUGAAAAGUAGCGAAGGAUUUAGCCUAUUUGUGAAGAUAGCAGACAAAGUCAUCUCAGUGCCUGAGGGGGAUUUCUUUUUUGACUUUGUGCGGCAUCUCACUGACUGGAUCAAGAAAGCUCGACCCACUCGCGAUGGGUACCAUCGAUGCACCAAGGAUGAGGCAAUUCAUUUGGGAGCUCUUGUGUACCGUGUUCGAUAUGGUGACUCCCGGCAGCAGUUCGAUUCCUUCCCGCAGCUAUUGAAGGAGCUGAUCCCAGGGGACAUGCAAAAGCUUCAAUCCAGUGGGGACUGGAAGAAGAAUUUGGUGAAUGCAUGGCAAAAUGAGCAAGGAAUGACUGGUGAAGAUGCCAAGAUCAACUUCCUCAAGGUCAUUUACCGCUGGCCCACGUUUGGCUCUGCAUUCUUCGAGGUGAAGCAGAGCACUGAACCAUCAUACCCCGAACAUCUACUGGUUGCCAUCAACAAGCACGGAGUCUCUCUCAUCCACCCACAGACCAAGGAGCUGCUGGUGACGCAUCCGUUCACGCGUAUCUCCAACUGGUCUAGUGGGAACACCUUCUUUCACAUGACAAUAGGGAACCUGGUGCGAGGGAGCAAGCUUCUCUGUGAGACUCCUCUCGGAUACAAGAUGGAUGACCUCCUCACUUCCUACAUCUCGCUCAUGCUCUCCACCAUGAAUCGACAAAAGAAUCACCAUCACUGAAAUCCACAUGACAAAUUCUGACACAUUCCCAAGGAUGAUGUCAAAGGACAUCCUCCCAUAUUUUUUUCUCUUGAUCCUUCCCUUGUAUUUUUUAUGGAUUUUUUUCUAAGGGCAGUUGGCAUGUAAGAUAGAGAUGCGAUGAUGCACUUGGGCAUACAGCAUUCCAAUACUCAGGCUCUGACCGAGUCUUCCCGAUUGUUCGUGGGACCAUGAUCAUUAUAUAAUUAUUAUAAUUAUGCUGACGAUAUAGUUGGAUAUAUUUUUAUUGUUAUAUUAUGGAUUUCCUCCUUUUCCACCAUGUUGCCUUUUAUUUGUUUGGAUGUGGCCUGCUGCUGGUUCAUUCUUCUGGGUUCACAAUAAAGAGAGGCCGUAUUUCAUUAA